UAAGAGAUCAGACAAACACAGCAAGCAGCAUGCCGUUUGGGAUGGUAACGCGUUCCGCUGUCAGAUACCAUCAUCACUAAGCACUGAACAAAUCUCCAAAGCGGAGGGUAAUGAUGACAUCACAAAUUCAGACUGAUACAGUGUGAUCCAUCAUUCCUGGCCUGACGUUGACAUGGCAACAGGCAGGAAGGGGUCGACCUCGAAGGGAGGAAGCGUGCGUUUCCCUGACUACGAGGAUGCCAUGGGCUCCCCUGUUCACCGUGAGGACAAAGCCAAGGAUUCGGCCAUCCCUGCUCUCCCAGAGCCUGAUGGGAACUUCCUGGUUAAGGUAGGGUUCCUGAGGAGUCUGCAUCGUUAUGAGAUAGUCUUCACCCUCCCAGAGGUGCCUGUGCUGGGGAAAGAUGUGUCUUCCCUCCCUUCCUCCUCAUCACCGACGCCCAGACCCCUCCUCAAAGUCAACCGUGUCACACCCACACCAGAGGGUGGGGUGAAGGUGACGUGUGAGUACACCACCCACCAGGAGGGGGUGCUGCAGGAGGAGCUGACGCUGGUCAGCCGGGGGAAGAGGGACCAACGUCUGCAGGUCAGACUACAGGCCCGGGUCAUGGAUCGUCAUCAUGGUACUCCUAUGCUGCUGGAGGGGGUGCGGUGUCUUGGGGCGGAGAAAGAAAAAAGGAAAUGAGCCGUCCGUCCCUUUAUAUCUUCCCCCUCCUGUAGAGACCAGCCAUCGUCCGUCCCUUUAUUUCUUCUCCACCCCCUCCUGUAGAGACCAGCCAUCGUCCGUCCCUUUAUAUCUUCUCCACCCCCUCCUGUAGAGACCAGCCAUCGUCCGUCCCUUUAUAUCUUCUCCACCCCCUCCUGUAGAGACCAGCCAUCGUCCGUCCCUUUAUGUCUUCCCCACCCCCUCCUGUAGAGACCAGCCAUCGUCCGUCCCUUUAUUUCUUCCCCACCCGCUCCUGUAGAGACCAGCCAUCGUCCGUCCCUUUAUAUCUUCCCACCCCCUCCUGUAGAAACCAGCUGUCGUAGUGGAUCAAAACUAGCACUUACCUGCACUUAGCCGCACACAUGCAUGCACCCGUAGUGGCACACACACACACACACCUGAGGAAGCUGAUGGGAGGUGCUAUAGGGAUGGCUUAUUGUAAAGACUGGAAUGGAGCAUGUGGAACGGUAUCAAACAUAUAGAAACCACGUUUGACUCCGUUCCAUGAAUUCCAUUCCAGCCAUUACAAUGAGCCCAUCCUCCUAUAGCUCCUCACACCAGCCUCUCUGACACACACACACACACAAAUAAACACUCACAGAUUUUUUGGUGAUUAGCCCUGUAAUGAAGACCAAGGUGUCCAUGAUUACUUAAAGUUCCACAAAUCUUUAAUGACAAAUUCCUCAGUGAGGGAGACAAUGUGUUUAUAUAACCAGGCACUGCAGCUCUUCGCUUCUCGUCCCUUCUGUCGUUCUGCAACAAGAGCCAAGCGUUAACUUGCCUUAAACGAUAAGAAAUAUGAUUUAACAUUUUAAUUUUGCACGUCAAUAUAACCUGUCAUUGCGUUGUGAUUUACACUGAGUGGACACAACAGUAAGAGCACCUUCCUAAUAUUGAGUUGCACCCCCCAUUCACCCUCUGAAUGGCACACAUACACAAUCCAUGUCUCAAUCCUCUCAAAGCUUAAAAAUCCUUCUUUAGCCUGUCUACUCCCCUUCAUCUACACCGAUUUGAAGUGGAUUUAACAGGUGACAUCAAUAAGGGAUCAUAGAUUUCACUUGGAUUCACCUGGUCAGUCUGUCAUGGAAAGAGCAAGUGUUCCUAAUGUGUUGUCCACUCGUUGUACAGUAUGUGUUCUGUGUGAGCGCCACCUUUCACCAACUAUGUAAGAGUAUGCCUUUUAGUCUAUGUGUCCUGCAAAACUGUCUCUGUUCUGUACUAGAUUCUCCUAUAUCUCUAUCAGUAAAUAAAAUAUCAUGUCAACUGUUAA